AUGGCGCUCCGCGCGGGAGGCCCGGCCAUGGCGCUGCUGCGGGGCCGCCUGCGCCUCCCCGGGCCCGGCUCCCGCGGGCACGCCCGGCUCGGCCGCUCCGGUGCCGCCGCGCAGCCGGCUGCCGAGGAGCUGGGGGAAGAUGCUGAAGUCAGUACCAGAAAGAAGACGUUUUCUGAAGUCCAAGCAGAACGACUGGAUCAAGCUGAACGGACUGUUUUAAUUAAGUGCCCAUCGAGACUUAAUGAAAAAAAAUUAUUGCAGUACUUAUCCAGUCAUGGGAAUGUUAAGAGCCAUUUCUUUUUUGAAAAUCGUGGCAUCAGUGCUUUAAUAGAGUUUUCAGAAAAGAGCAGUAUAGCCUCGUUGCAGGAUGCUGUUGGGAUCCCAAGUGCUUCAGAGCAUCAUGUUGUCCCAUUCAAAUCAAGACUUUUUACUUUCACACUGAAAAACCCAGUGAGUCAACACGUUGAAGAGACACCACUUCACCUCUCUCCUCAGAGUCACAUUCCAGUGAAAAACCUUAUUGAAAAGCUUUGCCUUGCAGACAGUAUAAGCAGUCAGAUGUACAUUCUGCUGGAUGAGUAUCAGCUGACAGAGGAAAACAUCAGGCUGCGAUUUCUGGCCUGCUCUUUGGUUCGGGAUUUUGCACGUGCCUAUUUCCCUGACAGCACAGUGAAGCCAUUUGGCUCUUCAGUCAACACCUUUGGCAAACUGGGAUCUGACGUGGACAUGUUCCUGGACUUCCGUGACACAGCAGAGCAUGCCACAAAAAUGAAAAAAGGUCCCUUUGAAAUGGAGUAUCAGAUGAAAAGAUUACCAUCAGAAAGAUUAGCAACUCAGAGGAUUCUCUCUGUGAUUGGUGACUGCCUUGACAAUUUUGGUCCUGGGUGUGCGAAUGUGCAGAAGAUCCUCAAUGCCCGCUGCCCUCUGGUGAAGUUUUCCCAUCAGCCAACAGGAUUCCAGUGUGAUCUGUCAGUGAGCAACAGCAUUGCAAUAAGGAGUUCAGAGCUGCUGUACAUCUAUGGCUGCCUCGAUUCCCGUGUGCGAGCCUUGGUGUUCACCAUCCGGUGCUGGGCCCGUGUCCAUGGGCUCACCAACAGUGCUCCUGGCACCUGGAUCACAAACUUCUCCCUGACCAUGAUGGUCAUGUUUUUUCUGCAGAGGAGAUCGCCACCUAUCAUUCCAACACUAGACCAGCUCAAGGAACUGGCAGGUGAAAAAGACAAGCAUAUAAUUGGAGGAUAUGAUUGCUCAUUUGUUAGUGAUUUAAUGAAGAUUAAACCUACAAAAAACACAGAAACACUUGAUGUAUUGUUGAGUGAGUUUUUUGAAUAUUUUGGAAACUUUGACUUCAGAAAGAAUUCCAUAAAUCUUCGAAAGGGAAAGGAAGUAAAUAAGCCUGAGUCGUCUCCUCUUUAUAUCUGGAAUCCCUUUGAACAAGACCUUAAUAUCAGCAAGAAUGUUAAUCAGCCACAGCUGGAGAAAUUUAUAGCUAUGGCCAGAGAAAGUGCCUGGAUUUUACAGAAGGAAGAUAAAACUCAGCAAAUGAUCAAUAAAGAACCUUGGGGACUGGCAGCUCUACUGAUACCAUUUGGAAAAAAUAAUUCCAGCAAGAUGAAGAAUAGGAUGAAAGGAAUAGGAAGUGAAACAAUCAGAAGCCUCUUGGACUCUUUAAAGUUAAAUAAUGCAAGCAGUCAACAAAAAGCAGUGGGAAAAUGACUUUAAGCACAGAAACACAAUAGCUAAUAUUCUGUUUUAGGAAUUGAAUGUGACACGCAGUCCAACGAACAUUAAUUUUAAUAUUUCUAUAUGGGGAAUGGAGAAUCAAACAAUCUCUGGUUUUCAUCCUAAUGAUUUUUGUACAGGUCUGCAUUCUUUCUGUACAUUUUUUUCCUCCUUACUCCUCACUUUUCCAUCUGUUUUAUGAAUGAAGAGUAUUCAAAUGUAAGUUUUACAGAUGCAUUUUGGAAGUGGCCUUCAGAUGGGCACUCUUCUGUAAAAAAGGCUGACAGGAGCAGUAUGGGAAAAAGCCUUUGGGAAUUCUCUUGGCUAGCAUACAAAUGAUAUGCUAAUUAAAAGCUCAAGAAACAACCACCUUUCCAUGAAACCACAGUCUGAAGGAAGAUGAAUGUGUUGGAACCAUUGUUUCCAAUCCAGUCGUGUUUUGGAAGGCAGUAAAACCCAAGUGCAUGUAUCUGUUUUUGCAGUUGUUUUCCAUUCGUGUAGAUAGUGCCAAGACAAAAUAAAGAGAAUGGAAUUGGAUAGUUGGGUGUGCAGUUUCAUAAAGCUCACCCACCUCAGCUCUCCAAGGGUAGUGCCACUGUUUUGUGUUGGAAAAGUGGGUUUGCUCUUGUGUUUACCACCUGAUUUAAAAUGUCUUUAGUUAACUCUCAUUUGUUUUCUCUACACAGGACUGGUCUCCACCCACACUUGUUUCUUAUUUUGCCUUCAGCUUCACUUUAAACCUGUAUUUCAGGUUCAUGCCCUUCUUGCAUCAUCACUCUCCCCAAAGCUGCUGCCUACCUGGUGACAUGAAAGCAUUCCUGCAGAGGGAUCUGUCCUGUGCAGAGAUCCAGAGAAUCACCCCAGUCUUGCCUUGGUUUUCACAUAUUCAGGAGAGCAGUGAUGGUCCCCCUUCCAGAUCAGUUGGGCCAGCAGAGUCAGUGCUUUUUAUUGACUUGAAACAUUGAGUGCUCUCUGCAUCCACUUAAAAAGAAGUCUUUUCAGAGGAAGGGGGAGAGAGAGAGAAGGAAGGAAAUGGUAAAUGGAGAGCAGGCAAAUAUCAAACUUUAAAAGUACAUUUGUGAAUAUUUCACCUGUCCAGUUUGAGAGCCACUCAUGCAUUAGACUAAAUGGUAGCAGUGUUAGCAAUUCCACAGAGCGUUUUCUUUAUUCUGAACAGAAAUUCCAUGAGGGAAAUUACUGUAUUCAGAGAUAAUCAUAUAAAUGCAACAUCAAUUUUAUGAUUACUUUUUCAUUUUCAGCACUUUUAGACUCUUUAAUGUUGCACUGAGAUAUGGUCUUGUGUAGACUUUUUUCUAAUGGUGUGAUCUGAACAAUUUAUAAGUAUGUUUUCUCUUUUCUCUGAUACAUUAUUCAUUGGAAAUACUAUGGGCAAUAAUAAUGCAUACUUCCAAGUACUUGUAAAAACUGGGCAAGGAAAAGUGUCUUCUACCAGUUGACAAACUGAAAGGUUAGACCUUCAAGUCAAUUCCAUAAUAGUUUAUUCAGAGUUUAAAAUAAUACUUAUAUGGGUCCAUUUCUGAUUCAUAAAUGUUUUCUUAAAUAAUGACUCACAUAGUCAUUACCUUGGUUGCUGAAAUUAAUUCUCAUAUUAACUUCUUCAAGAUUGAGCCUUGACUUUGAAACUUAGUUUUCUACCUAAAUCCUGGUAUUAGAACUUCAUUUUGGAGGCUAGUAUGAAGUUUAUUGUAACUUGCUAUUGAUGCAAAAAAGCUUUGAUAGCAAGCUUGACACAGAUUCUGUAAGGAGCCUGCUGCUCCCUUAAUCUUUACAGACCCUAGAGGUGCAUUGUCUGCAGUUUACCCAGGAACAGACUAUGUAGCUUUUUGAAGAUUAGGGCAGUACUUGAGUACUUUGGAAUUCUCUUUUUUUUAGAUUAACCAAAUGGGUAGUGGUGUAAUAAUAAGAAUAUUGGUUACCAAGGACAGAAGCAUGCAGCAGAACUGUGGCAGUGUUUACUUAAUUGCAUUAUAUUCACAGGGAUCCACUGACACAGGUAGGAAAGAUUUUAUAGGAAUUUUGACACAUAGAUACAGGACACUUUUAGACAAAUAACAGUGAAUUUUGUAUUUUGGGUAUGUGGUUGAGUCAUGCUGAAACACAGGCUUCAUUUGUAAAUGGUUAUAGAUGUUCAAGCUGCUCAGUAUUCCUUAAAAGGCAGGGCAGACCAUGGUUACUGUGCAUGCAGCGCCUUUCAGCAUCACUUGUCUGUUUAGACUGCCUGUCCCUUUUGGGAAUAGUUCUGAACCCUUGUCAUGGCUGCAGGCCAAUUUCUGAAAAGAUGAGAAGGAAGCCAAAAGCAGAGCUGUAGCAGUGGAAUGCACAGGUUAUUUUUUCAGAUAUCUGCUAGGUGAGGGAGCUGGUGAGCAGGGAGCUGAAGCCUAGAGGCUGUGAGCAUCAGCCUCAUUGGUGAAAAUAAGCUCAGCCGGCAGCUUUCCUAGAAGAGGCUGUAGCUGGAGGUGGAGGGCUGACCAUGAGCUUCCCUAAAGUAGGAGUUAUAUCUGGGGAAGAGCUGAGUGAAACGGAAGCCACUGUGGGAAGAGAACCAAGACUUGAGGGGGUGUAUUUAUGAGAUCAAGAGAGAUGGUAUGAUUAUCAUUUCCUGAGGGCAGCAGUAAGAUAUUUAGAAACCAUCAAUAUGGAUCUGUCACUGAAAACAAGAGCUGAAUGUAUGUCAAGAAAGGACUAUGAUUAUGAUCUAGAUUUGAGAGCUCAUUCAUGUGCUCCAGAAACAUCUAAACAACGUCUCUGCAAGAGCAAGGCAGUAAGUUACUUCUCAAACUGGUGCUAAUCUGCUGUAUUGUAUGGUGGGGCUGUUUGGGAGGUCACAGGUAAGGAACACCAGUGAAUUAAGGACAGUUUUGCCCCCUCUGCCCCUUUCCUUCACUGGAAAUACUUUUUAGUGCAAGUCUAAAUGGUAAGGGAAACUGUAAAUAUUUGGAAGUUCCUUGUCCUGAGAAAAUGCACUUUGGGAUAUUAACUUCAAAGUUAACGUUUGUUGCCAGGGAUUUUUAUUUUUAUUUCCCUAGAUGCUUGAUGCUCACAAG